AUGGGUGAUACGAAUGGACAAGUAGGAGCUGGUGGUCAUGGCAAAGGAAAUCAAUUGAAUCAAUUGAACGGUCCAACCGAUGUGUUGGUUGACAAAGAGACGGAUAGUCUCAUUAUUUGUGAUCGAUGGAAUCGACGAGUUGUACGAUGGUCUCGUCGUAGUGGUACAACUCAAGGAGAAAUCCUCAUCGACAACAUCGCUUGUCGAGGAUUGGCCAUGGAUGAUCAGGGAUAUCUCUACAUCUCUGACAUCGAAGAACAUGAAGUAAGACGAUAUCAAAUAGAAGAUAAGAAUGGAACUCUCGUGGCUGGUGGCAAUGGCCAAGGUGCUGGUCUCAAUCAACUCAACUCUCUGACCUACAUCUUUGUCGAUCAACAACAGACUGUCUACGUGCCAGACACGAACAAUAAUCGUGUAAUGAAAUGGAAUAAAGGUGCAAAAGAAGGAAUUGUCGUCGCUGGAGGUCAAGGCAAAGGGAAUGCUCUGACACAAUUGUCACAUCCUCGAGGACUGUUCGUCGAUACAUUGGGUACCAUCUAUGUGGCAGACUCGGCGAAUCAUCGAGUGAUGCGUUGGCCUAAAGAAGCGAAACAAGGCACUGUCAUUGUGGGUGGAAAUGGUCCAGGAGAAGGAGCAAAUCAGUUCAACUAUCCCGAGGGUUUGUCCUUCGAUCGACAUGGCAAUCUUUAUGUCGUCGAUCGGCGGCAUCAUCGUGUUCAACGCUUUUCAAUCCGAUAGACUCAAAACAAUGAAUAAUUUUUUGUGCGUUCCUUUCCUUUCAAAUAAAUCACGUGUAAUUGAUGAAAUAAAUAUCCAUUCUAUUCGCACGCUCGCGACCAGGAACCAUCCUGGUGGAGCCGUGGCGAGCGUAACGCUCAUACACGCACAGGACAGACUCAUAUCAUUCAUACCCUUCCCGCGAGAGAUAUGUCAAUGAGUCUGAAUAAGCCUGGUCGUGUGCCAUGGACACCAAGACAGUUCCUGGCCGGGUUUUUAGGGCCUAUCCGGAAGGCCUGUAACUAACAGGGACCUAACCUCAAUGGAAAUGACUCACCCACUCUCUACUAACACUCACUAUUCUUAGUCUCACCCUAAUCCUCUCAAUCUCACUAUCUAUUCUCAUCUCAAAAAAAAAAAAAAAAUUACUUACCGUGUCUGAUGUUGAUGACGCGAUGAUAUUGAUAGCUGAAAGGAACAGAAAAAAAAUUUAAUUAAUGUUAUAUAAUGAAACAGAAUGAGAUGACUUACCCUAAUGUUAUCUUUUUCUUCGUUGUUUAUUCCCUAAAAUGAAAAAAAAACAAUAAUAAAAAGAUCAAAGGAGGCCUUACCCACCAUCCUUAUAAUCAUUAAAUAAAAAAGAAAAAGAAAAAGAAAAGUAAAACUAAUACCUACAUUUUAUUUUAUUGUCUGGUUUGUUGUUGAAUUGUUUCAUGUUGUUUGGUUGAAGCCAAUCUAAAACAGAAAAGAAAAAUUAUUAUUAUUUGAUUCAAAAAUUUGAAUGAUUUUACAUAGAAAAUCAUUCAUAUAUAUGCCCUCAAAAAUCAUUUUUUUUUGUUGUCGAAAAAUAAUUAGAAGUUGAUUUCAAUUAAGCUUUAAUCGGGACACACGUACAUUGAGAUAUAUUCAAUUACAACUAUCUUAAUGUAUGUGUAUGGAUAAAGCUUAAUUGAUAUAUAAAUUAAUUAUGCUAUGUUAUCAUUGAUCAUCAAUGAUAACAUGAACAAUGACUUAUAGGCGAGAGAAGACAAAAAAGAAAAUUCCUCUCUUGACCUAUUUCUUUUUUCUUUUUCUCUCUCUCAUAUGUUCCGCUGUCUUAACAGAACACGAGAAAGAACGAACAAAAGAAAAAAAAACGAUUGUGGCUCACAUUAUCAGUAAUGAGCACAGAAUAGACCAACACAAACAAGUAUGUUUUUAUUAUUCAAUUGUUUUUUUUUAUUCUUUCACAUUAGAUUUAUUUAUUCGAAGACAUACAGUUUUAUCAAAUUAUUUAUUUUUUCAGGAUCGUCUUGCUAGCUGAAUAAAAAUUGGUAUGAAAGUGUGAUCUUUAUUCAUCUACAUAACAUGAAUUCAUCAAGGUUAUUAAAAAGAUUUUAAAUCUUUACAUUUACAUGAUGAUUAUUUACGGAACAAACUAAAAAAGUAAUUUAUUUUUGAAAAAAAACAGAAAAAUACAAAAUUCUUCUUUUAGAUGAUCGUUAUCGUUUAUUAAUAAUGUUUCUUCUACAAAACAACAUUUAAUCGUUGUUUUUUGGUCGUCAACAAUGCAUUGUGAAAAGGCAAGAAUCAUUUUAUUCAACGUUUUACAAUCUUUUUUUGUUUAUUAUAGCCAUGAGAAAUUUAUUAUUUUAGUACAAAACAAAAUUUUAUAAUCUAUCAAAACUAUUGUAAGUUGAAAUAGUCAUUUAAUCUGACUAUUAUGAUUCGAUUGAAAUGAGGACGGAGUUAUUGCUGAACAAAAAGGCAACUCGUAGCAGAGAGGGAAAAGAAAAAAAUUACGAAAACGAACACUAAGUAUAUGUGAAGACGUUAUUCUUUCCAUCAAUCAUUCUCCGGUAAUUCAUCUAAAUACUAUAGUAGUAAAAGAUUCUAAUUAAAGACUUAAUAGAAAGUAAAAACAAACAAACAAGAUGAAUAAUUCAGUUUCCAAUAAUAAAUUGAUGAAGCGCGUAUAUUUUCGAAGAAAAUAUAACUCAACAUGUAUCGUAUAUAUUGGUAUUAAGAGAAAAAACAAUUAUGCAUUGAAGAUGUAUCUAACAAAAGAAAUAAGUUUUUUCUAAGUAUGACGAUGUUUCAUGAAUCAAGUGAAUUGACAUAAUAGCCAUUCUAAAUGUAAGCAUUUUCGUAUUGAUAACAUUGACGAGCACGUCUAUCAACU